AUGGUUUCUUCUCCACCCCUUGCACCCACCUUACGAAUUCCAGAUAUUCCUGAUUCUGUUCACCCACCCAUUCCCGGGGAGAGUCACCGUUAUUACGGCAAUAUCCAUAAAAACCAGGUAAAACUCCCCACUAAUACCAACACUCAGACUUCUCGUCGAAAUGAAAUUGAUGGUUCUGUGGAAAAUGACAUGACUAUUCAUGAAGCAACUGCCGCUGGAAACAUGGCUAGAGUUAAGGAAUUACUUGAUCCUCGUGGUUCCGGUGAAACUACUUCCUCUUUCUUACUUGCUAACGAAGCAAGCCCAUCUUCUGGUUUAACUCCACUACAUUACGCUGCCUCGCGUGGCCACCUAGAAAUCGUACAGUGGUUAAUUGCCGAUGCUGGUGCUAUUGUAGAUCUUGAAGACCAAACCGGUGAGACAGCUCUUCUGAAAGCCUCUUACAAUGGACAUGCUGCUGUUGUGGAUUGGCUUUUGCAAAAGACUGCCAAUGUUGAUCAAAAAGAUAACGAUGGAUGGACUGCCUUACAUAAUGCUUCUGCUCAGGGUUACUUGCCGAUUGUUAAACAUUUAUUAGAGAAUGCUAAUGCCGAG